AUGAAUGACCUGUCCGGACUCGAUUGGUCUUCGGACGCAUCGGCUAACAAGCCAAAGCCGAUGGCUGUCAACCCUUCUUAUCCUCCGUUUCGAUCAUCGCCGUCUCCCUUCGGAUCGGGACAGAGCACGCCCCUGUCGGCUCAGAAGCCAAACAGCCCAGCGCCCAAGGCGGUUCCUGCAAAAGCUGCGCAAGAUAGCUUCAGCAACCUGAGCUUUGGCCUGCCGAAAGCCACCCAGAACCUGUCGCUGGCCGAGAGACAGGCGCAGCUUGAAAUCGAGAAGCGGAAGAAAGAAGAAGAGAGACGGAAGCUGGCAGAGGCGCAAUUUGGAAAUGGCCAGCACUGGGACUCUCUAGGAUCGCGAGGCUUCACGCCCAGCCCGGCGCCCCAACAGCAGAAAGUAGCCGCCAAGAGCGCGGCAAACGACGACGACGAUCUAUUCGCUGCGUUCAACAGAGACACCAAGGUAGACAAUGCUAGCCAUUAUCCUCCACCCCCGCCAGACAAAAGCAAGCUUGACUUGGGCGACCCCUCAGCAUGGUGCGACCCUAAAGCAUGGGUUAUAAACGCAGCCUCUAGCGGCGGCGGCGGUUUCAAAGCAGAGGACGAUGACCCCUUCGGACUCCACGAGGUGAAGCCUGCUGCCUCGAAAGGAGCUGGCCGAGGCACCACCACCAGCGCAGACGACUUUGACUUUCUGGGAGAUCUUGGACGACCUGUGGACGAGGUUCGAAGAGAACAACAAGCCAAACAAGAAUCCUUCCAAAGCGAACCAGGGAAGCCCAUCGAAGACGACUCGAGCUCUUCCGACGAUGACGAACCUGCGGAGCAAAAUAUUGAGCGAGUACCCAGGGUGAAUAAGGAUCCCUUUGACAAAGCGGUUGCGCAGCUUGUCGAUUAUGGGUUUACACCCGAGCAGGCCAGGAGGGGGCUUGUGGAGAGCGGGACAGGUUUCAAUGCCCAAGCAGCUGCCAACUGGCUCUUGGACGAAGCUCACAGGAAGUCCAAGGAGGCAUCGCAAUCUCGGAGUUCCCAAGGCGGAAGUUCUGCUGCGCCAGGAAGCCAAAACCAGCGGAGCGACAGCCGGUCUCCCGCCAGGGGUGAAACUGAUUUUGCAAAGACGGCUGCCGCCAUGGGAAACACUUUAUUCAAGUCUGCGAACACGUUGUGGAAAACUGGGCAGAAGAAAGUGCAGCAAGCAGUUGCGGAAUUACAGCAAGAUAUAGGAACAGACCCAACCCAGCCGAAAUGGAUGCGGGAUGCUCAACAGGCGCGGGGACAGCCGAGACCUCAAAAAGCUGACGCUGAUGUCACGGACGAGGCACUUAUGCUCGAGUCUGGCGGUAGACCGCAACCAGCCAGGAGUAGUAGUAGCAGUCGCCAUGCUGUAGACCCAAGAGCCGGUCCUCAAAUUUCGCGAACAUCAUCACCCGCCCAGUCCUCGGGAACACAGAGUCGAAAUAGCCCUGUUCCACGAUGGCAGCAGCAGACAGCGCCGCCACCAAUGAUUCCGGAUGCGAGAUCAAGACUUAGCAGACUAACGGCCGAUGAUGAUGACAGCUUCUCCAGCUACGUGAGUGCUAGCAGAAGAAAGAAGGCGAGCCCGGCACCGGAGCCACCAAAGAAGACUGAGCCUGAACCCGAUCUGUUGUUUGGUUCACAAGCGUCGAAACCAUCACAGAGAACUCCAUCUCCGGCAACCCAGAGACCAACAGCAGCUACCCCAAGCCGACCUCAGCCAGCACCAGCGCCUGCACCUCCGCGCAAAGUUACACCUAGACCUACAAGGCAGAUUCCCCAGAUCAGCCCCGAAGCAUUACAGGCAUCAACAAAACAUAGACUACAGGGAACCACGCACUUCAAGCGUGGUGAUUAUGCUGCGGCUCACGCGUCUUACUCAUCGUCUCUAACCUCCGUCCCUUCUACGCAUCCUCUGAUGAUCAUCCUGCUUACAAACCGUGCUUUGACCGCCCUGAAAACCGGAGAACCCAAGCAAGCAGUGACUGAUGCAGACGAGGCACUGAAGAUUAUUGGGCCUGGGAACGGCCAGGGAGAGACUGUGGCUGUAAGAAAUGAAUCCGGACAGGAAGAGAGUCGUGAUAUGAAGGAGCUCUACGGCAAGGCGCUGAGCAGGAAAGCAGAGGCCUUGGAGCAGAUGGAGAAGUGGGCAGAAGCAGGCGCUGUGUGGAAACAAUGCGUCGAAGGCGGCGUUGGCGGACCUACCGCCGUCAAAGGCCGCCAGCGAUGUCAGGAUGCCCUCACUCCUAAACCCAAGGCUGCCCCGAGACCUGCGGUGAAGCCUCGACCUCAGCCAGCUGCCAGCCGAGCACCACAGAAAGACUCGGAAGCUGUUACCAGGCUACGUGAGGCUAACCAAGCCGCCGCCAAAGAAGAUGACGAGAAAUUUGCCCUUGCGGAUAAGGUAGAUGCCAAAGUAUCCGCCUGGAGAGAUGGCAAGAGGGAGAAUCUGCGGGCACUGCUGGCCAGUAUGGACUCAGUGCUCUGGGAGGGCAGUGGAUGGAAGAAGGUUGGGCUGCACGAGCUGGUAAUGGCGAACAAGGUCAAGAUUUCGUACAUGAAGGCCAUUGCAAAGACUCAUCCUGAUAAGCUCCCACAAGACGCGAGUACCGAGGUUAGACUUAUUGCUGGAUUGGUGUUUAGCACUCUGAACGAGAGCUGGGACAAGUUUAAAGCGGACAACGGGCUAUAA